ACUUUAUUCUUUUCGCUCUGUUUUGGCUACUCAAUAUUCUUUCUUUUUCUUCUAUAAAAAGCCCCCUUGCAUCGUGACUUCGACAACCAGCAACUUCUACGUAGCAUCUCUUCUUUCUUCUCCACAGAGACCAGACAACUCAGGCUUUUUCGAAAGAAAAACGCAACCACCAACAUGGUUACUUCAGACAGAAACAUGUUACAGAACUACGUUCCAGUUUAUGUCAUGCUCCCACUAGGAGUUGUCACUGUUGACAACGUUUUUGCAGACCCUAAUGGCCUCAAAGAACAGCUUUUGAAGCUAAGAGCAACGGGUAUUGAUGGGGUUAUGGUUGAUGUGUGGUGGGGGAUCAUAGAACAAAAGGGGCCUAAGCAGUAUGAUUGGAGAGCCUAUAGGAUCUUGUUUCAGCUGGUUCAGGAAUGUGGCUUGAAACUUCAAGCUAUUAUGUCAUUCCAUCAGUGUGGAGGGAAUGUAGGAGAUGUAGUUAACAUUCCCAUUCCCAAGUGGGUGCUCGACAUUGGAGAAUCUGAUCCUGAUAUCUUCUACACCAACCGUUCAGGCACAAGGAAUAAGGAGUAUCUAACUAUUGGUGUGGACGAUAAGCCUAUGUUCCAUGGAAGAACAGCCAUUGAGAUAUACAGUGACUACAUGCAGAGUUUCAGAGAAAACAUGUCAGAUUUUUUAGAAUCUGGACUUAUUAUAGACAUUGAAGUAGGGCUUGGUCCAGCAGGAGAGCUCAGAUAUCCCUCUUAUCCACAAAGUCAAGGAUGGCAGUUUCCUGGUAUUGGAGAAUUUCAGUGCUAUGACAAGUAUUUGAAGGCAGAUUUCAAAGCAGCUGCAGCAAGGGCUGGCCAUCCUGAAUGGGAACUGCCAGAUGACGCAGGCCAGUAUAAUGAUGUUCCAGAAUCUACGGGAUUUUUCAAAUUAAAUGGCACAUAUGUCACUGAGAAAGGGAAGUUCUUCUUGACUUGGUAUUCAAACAAAUUGCUGAGUCAUGGUGAUCAGAUCCUAGAGAAAGCCAACAAAGCAUUCCAGGGCUGUAAAGUCAAAUUAGCGAUCAAAGUAUCUGGAAUCCACUGGUGGUACAGAGUUGAAAAUCACGCUGCUGAGCUUACUGCUGGAUAUUACAACCUUAAUGAUAGAGACGGAUAUCGUCCCAUUGCAAGAAUGCUGUCUCGCCAUCAUGCCAUUUUGAACUUUACGUGUCUUGAGAUGAGGGACACAGAACAAAGCUCAGAUGCCAAAAGUGCACCACAGGAGCUCGUAAUGCAGGUAUUGAGUGGAGGUUGGAGAGAAGACAUCCUAGUUGCUGGAGAAAAUGCACUUCCAAGGUAUGAUUCCACAGCAUACAACCAAAUCAUACUGAACGCAAGGCCACAAGGCGUCAACAAAAAUGGCCCUCCAAAACUAAUGAUGUUUGGAGUGACAUAUCUUCGCCUAUCAGAUGAUCUACUGCAACAAUCAAAUUAUGACACGUUCAAAAAAUUUGUGCUAAAGAUGCAUGCAGAUCAGGGUUACUGUGCAGACCCUCAAAACUACAAUCAUGUCAUAACUCCAUUGAAGCCAUCGGGACCAAAGAUUCCCAUUGAGGUUCUUCUUGAAGCGACUAAACCAAUACCACCAUUCCCCUGGCUUCCAGAGACAGAUAUGAAAAUUGAUGGCUGAUUUCCAAUGGUGCUAAGAGUACUUAAAUAAUCUGCUGGAAAUAAUAGAUACCGUUCAGGAUAUAAAUAAAGCACCCAGCCACCAAAAUCAGCAGUAUAAUGCCAUGAAGUAGCAAUGUCUAGACAUCUAGGCAGUGUUCGCGUGUGUACUUUUCAUGUGUGUAUUCCUAUAUAUAAAGUUAAUAAACUACUUUAUCUGUC